UUCACUUUCUCUCCUCAGGCGGCGGCGACUCCACAGUGUCCACACACGACAAAGGCACAACGGCGGGUACCACUGUAGGAGCUGCUUCUCUAGACGCUACUACUGUAGGAGCAGCACACAGCCAUGGCCUGGAAGUACACUCCCCAGCUCGCAAGCCAAAUCAAGCACUUCGCUUCUUUCCCUCAAACAGGCAUCUCCCUCCAUCAAAUGGUCCAGUUCGGGUCCAACUCGUCCCAAGGCACCCUCUUCAGAGCCAGCCAAUUCAUCCACGAAGAACUCCCCAUCAGACUCGCGCAUCGCGUCAAGGAACUCGCCGAACUCCCAGAUAACCUCAAUGAGAUGCCCAGCAUCAAUAAAGUCAAGGAAUGGUAUGCUCAGUCCUUUGAAGACCUGACCACCAUGGAACGCCCAACCCUCACCCCGGAACUCCGGUCGAUGCUCAAGGGAAACGGCAAUGGGUCUGCCAGCUUACCUUCCACCACACGCAACCUCACAACAGAGCAAUACAGCAGCAAUCGCAACCAAAACAAUGGCAUGCGGCGGAGUGUCCCCGUACAAGCGCGUUACUACGGCAAAGUUGAAGACGUGAGUUGGCCACCCGAGAUUACCUCGUUCAAUGAUCGUCUUGCCAAAUCACUCAAUGUCAUUAAGCGGAGACACGAUUCAGUGGUAACAACCAUGGCGCAAGGUAUUCUCGAGUAUAAGAAGGCAAAACAACGGUCAUCCAUCAAUAAAGAUAUCCAAGCCUUCCUCGACCGCUUCUACAUGUCCCGUAUUGGUAUCCGCAUGCUCAUUGGACAACACAUCGCAUUACUCACUGAACCACCACGCGAGGACUACGUCGGUGUCAUUUGCACCAAGACAUCUGUUCCCAAUAUCCUACAAGAAGCCAUUGACAACGCACGCUUCAUCUGUGAAGACUACUACGGCCUCUACGAUGCUCCAAAAGUCCAACUCAUCUGUCCCAGUCAUCUCAACUUCAUGUAUGUCCCGGGACAUCUCGCACACGUCGCCUUUGAAGUCCUCAAAAACUCACUACGGGCAGUCGUCGAAACGCACGGCGUAGACAAGGAAAAUUUCCCUCCCGUCAAGGUGAUUGUUGUUGAAGGUGCAGAAGACAUCACCAUCAAAAUUUCCGAUGAAGGCGGCGGUAUUCCUCGGAGUGCCAUGCCGCUCGUCUGGACCUACAUGUACACCACUGCUGAAUCACAAGACUUGGACCCAGACUUCAACAAGAGCGACUUCAAAGCGCCCAUGGCAGGAUUCGGCUAUGGCCUGCCUAUUUCGAGGUUGUAUGCACGUUACUUUGGUGGCGAUCUCAAGUUGGAGAGCUUGGACGGGUAUGGCACGGAUUGCUACAUCAAUCUCAACCGUCUCAGCUCAAGCGAGGAGCCUUUGCCGUAACAGCAGACGGAGUGACAAGACCACUGCAAGACAGCAAUGAGGGUCAACUAAUAGCAGCAGCAUUGUUUACUAGCCUCCAGCACAAUUUAGAGCGCAGUUCAAAAGCACAUUCAUACACAUCUACUCCA